AUGAAAUUCAGAUAAAUAUAGAUCUUUUGCUCAGGUUAUAAAUAAGACCGGUAUACAGUAUGUUGACAGAAUUCUAUGGAUUGGCUGUUCACUACAUAUCAUUGGUAUUUCACAACAGACGUUAAAUCCAAUCUGUGGACUAUGUGGAUUCAGUAAAAGCAAUGGUUCGACAAACAAAAGGUGAUAUCUUAGACGCUUUUCUUGGAACUGACAUAGAUCUAAAUAAUUUUAUCUUGCAAGAAAGGGCAUCUACAACUAUGAGAGUCUUGGAUGAUGAAGCAUAUUUUUUUGAAGUGAGUGAGGACUUCUGCGUGGAAACGGUAACAGUAGACGGCACAUCAGAUUCUUUCUAUGAAGAGGAUGAAACUGCAGACUGCUUACUUAGCGGGGAAGCUACCUGUAGCUCUACAGUUUUUCCAUUUCCACCGACGGUUUCUGAACAGGAAAACAUUGACCCUUCAGAAUUUUACCUGAAAGAAAUAGAAGGUGAAGAUCAGUUACCUUUCACACCUUUCAUAAAAGAAGAAGUUAAAAUGAAGAUAAAACUUCGAAGAAUGGCAGAGGGCAAGGAUGACAUAAAUGUUGAAUUUAAAAAUCCGGAACCUGAACAGCUGACACAGGAUGAGGAGGAGAAAAGAAAAAUGCGUAGAUCAAAGAACAAAAUGGCAGCUCAGAAAUGUCGAAAUAGGAAGAGAAAACUUACCGAGUCUCUUGAAGACGAGACAGAGAAAUUGGAAAACAAACAAGAGAUGUUGACACAAGAAAUCGAGAGACUUCAACAAGAAAAAGAACAAUUAGAAGAAAUAGUUAAAAUUCAUAGUACAGUCUGUCCUAAAUUGAGAUAGUAAUGCUUUUCAUAUUAGCUGGAUUAACAUCCAUCUGGGGGAGGGGGCAUUAUAUGUAAUGAUUUGGUAAACUUCCGUCCAUCUGUCAUAUUUAUCAUUUUAUUUGCUACUCCAUAAAACAGAAAUGGACAAAUUUCUAGUGAACCUCAUAUUUGGUUUGUUAUAUUAGAAAGAUUUCGGGACGCGGUGGCGGGAGUUCCGGGACUGAAACAUGAAUGUUUGUCAGUUAUUUACGGACUGAAAAUAACGCUUCACAGCAUUCCUAAAUAAUUUCAAAACAGGUGGAAAGAUGUUAAAGAAUGCACAACAGAGUACUAUAUGAACCAUGCAUAAUUGAUAUAUAACUAAAAAUCCAAACAAAUCUGCACAAAAGUGUAUUGAUUGAUUGAAUGUUUUUGUUUCACACUGAGCUGCAAAUGAAACUAUAUUAAGGCGAUGAGCACUGAAAUAAGCGCUCUCAACGAACGAUUCUGUAGAGCUGUAGGUUUUUGUUUUGUUUGGAAGUGUUGCACACUCUCAUACCUUUGUGCAAUUUGUAUUUUCAGAGGAGAUGUGACAUAUAAAAAAUCCUCUGAAUUUAGUUAUAUAUAUGUAUAUAUAGAUUUUUAUUCUUUCUUGAACAUAGUAUUGUCAGGACAAAAUAGAAACCAUUGUUCAGAUGUACUUAAGAAAUUCAUUAUGGAACACGUACGCUAUGGGUGAGAAUUUUUUGCUUGACUUAAUGAAUGAGCGAAUGCAUUUUCAUUUUUAUGCCCCGCCUACGGUAGCCCCGCCUACGGUAGUAGGUGGGAUUAACUUUUUGUGUGUGUCCAUCUGUAUGUUAGCCCGUUCCAUAUCAGGUUAAAGUUGUUGGUAAAGGUAGUUUACCAUGAAAUUGUGGUCGCAUCAACUUAAAGAUUUGUACACAUGUUUAUUGUGAGACCAGUGGCGGAUCCAGGUGGGGUGGGGGGGGGGGGGUUCCGGGGGUUGGAAACCCUCCCCCUUUUUUUGACGAUCAAAGCUUUUGAAUGGGGACAUAUGGUUGGAACCCCCCUUCUAAAAAUGGCUGGAUCCGCCCCUGUGAGACGAACUUUUUGAAAUUUAUGUCAAAUUGUGAUCCUAAUCUAACGGCUCGCAGGGCAUGGACACAUUCUUGUUAUUGAUGUGUUUUAUUAUAAAGUUGAUCUUAUAUGUCUUUAUGACCUUGUUAUUAGGAAUCAUGAAAUUUGUAUUAGUAUAUAGCUGUAUUGUUUCAUGUUAAUGAAUAUUUGUGUAUAUUUGUUUUGUUUGAAUUUACUAAUAAAUAUAUUUACACCCGACAA